UUCGGAGUAUCUGCCCGAUUUCCGACUCGCAGAGAGUCCCUUUCUUUCCCAUUAAAUCACUGGCUGUCCACUCUGAGCUGCCGAAGGAAUGGAUCCGAUGCGCUGCCUGGCGGUCGAUCUCGUCGCCCUCAAUGUCACUUCACUUCGAAUCAAAUCCCAUCAGCUGCAGCUCUGUCUCGUCGGCACCAGGUCGAAGUCGACGCUUCCGGUUUCUCCGGUUGCCCAAGUCACAUUGGCGCGGGCCACCCACCGACCCGAACCUAUCUACCGGCAGGGCCGCAUGCAGGCUCGGGGCUAGGGAAGCAGGCUCGAGGAGGCCGAGGAGGAGGGUUGGUCGCGAGAAUUUCGGCAUUUCCGCAACCAAAGAAAUGCCUGGCCAGUGACCAGUGCCCGCUCACCGCGCCGGCGCUUGGGAACGGACGGAACUGUUGACGCCAAAGAACGUCCGUUCCGUUCAAAACAGCCGCCGUCCCCUCUUUCCGACGCAGACUUCUCCGCUCGCUUGACUUCUGUCCUUCGUCGCGCUCCCCCCGCUGCCCUCGUCGACCGACGUUCUCGCUGACUGACGUUUCUCUAACUGCAGCCAUGGCGGAACCAAGCUCUCUCCAGCAGGAUCAAGCCAGGGAGAGAGAAAAGGUCGAAGCUGCGAAGAUUAAAGCUGUGCAAGUGCAGCAAGAGAAAGAAGCAGCUUCAGCCGCUUCAGAAGCAACGCGAAAGGCCAAGGAAACUGCCGCUCUGGACAAGGCCAAGGCCGAAAAGGCUGCUGCCGCCAAAGCCGCGCUUGACCGAGGCGCAGCCAAAGAGAAACAGGCCGAAGCCGCAGCUGCCAGACGCGCUGCUGCCGACAAGGCUAAGGAAGAUGCAGCGCAGAAGAUCCGAGAAGAACGAGCAGCUAAAGAAGCCAGAGCCCAAGGAGGUGCAGCCGUUCAGGCCAGGAAGGCCGGCAGGGAAGCAACCAGCGGCAAGCCAUGAGACCUUCCUCGUAUCCUGUCUUAGAACCUUGGUCAAGGGUACAAUCUGAUCUCGAAUUUCUACGAGACAGCGCUCUCCAGAGAAACUUCGAUAACAUGUGUGGCAGUCCGAUGCCCUCCGAUCGAUACAUCUACUGAAGAAAUCAGCACACUGACUGCAUGGUCUACCACAUACCGUGUCCACGAGAUCAGCCAAGUGAUGAGAAUUCUACAUCUGUGCAUGCCUCGCACUGCACAGAUGUCAAGUCCUUUCCAGUGCCCGCCUUUGCGCGGUGCUUCAUGUGAAUGACUUUGCGCACGAUUUCGCUGCAAAACCUGGUGAGCAAGCACGUAGAUCGAAAACACGAAUCAACAUGCAGAGAAGUGGAAUCUGUGGAUUAAAGCCUGAGAGACUCUAGUGUGGCUGGCUUGCUGUUCAGAAGUAGACCUGGGUAGACUCCCAAUGGACUGGAGAACCAAGGCUGCAUGCAUUUGCAAUCUAACUCCUUCACCCCUUGAAGUAAAUCAUUCCUCGAGCAUGUUUUGAGCGAUUCCUUUCCAAGAUUUCUUAUAAAUAUCAUCCCUAUGAAAUUCAUCUCCAGUGACCGAAGAUGUCUACUUUUACUCUAUGGAAAACAGCUCUGUGAUUUCAGAAACUCUUUUCCAGUAAAUCGAAGGGUUUGAAUUCAUCCAGGUCAUCAAUGUUGACGAGGAUAUUCAAGAUAUGCCAUUGUUAUUUAAUAUCAGAAGGUAAAAUGCAUAAAAAUAAAAAUAAAUUUCUAUAA